AUGGAAGGAGGGAAAAUUCCAAAAGUACAUAUGAAACAAGAAGGAGAGACUCUUUAUCCCACAUGGUCAAUGAAAGGGGGAAAUUUGGUCCAAAAGCUGGCAAACCUACUAAUCUUCCAAAAAUUGUGCCCAAGAACAUCACACAACUUGAUCAGGAAAAGCUGGCAUCCAUUUGUACCAGAAGAAGAAGGGCAUAUGAUUAAGAUCGAAGACUUAUUUGACCCAAACAUAGGUACCCAUAAAAAGCCUCAAUUAGUCAUAAUAGAGGGGGCUGCUGGGAUUGGGAAGUCAACACUGGCCAGGCAGGUGAGGAGAGCCUGGAAGGAAGGCCUGCUCUACAGGGAUCGCUUCCAGCAUGUCUUCUUCUUCACCUGCAGAGAACUGGCCCAGUGCAAGCAACUAAGUCUAGCUGAGUUCAUAGCAAAAGGCCAGGAAGUGCCCACAGCUCCCAUCAGGCAGAUCCUGUCUCAGCCUGAGAAGCUGCUCUUCAUCCUGGAUGGCAUAGAUGAGCCAGCAUGGGACUUGGAGGAACAGAAUCCUGAGCUAUGUCUGCACUGGAGUCAAACGCAGCCUGUGCACACACUGCUGGGAAGUUUGCUGGGGAAAUCCAUCCUUCCUGAGGCUUCCUUCUUGCUCACAGCUCGGACCACAGCUUUACAAAAGGUCAUCCCUUCCUUGGAGGAGCCAUGUUGGGUGGAAGUCCUGGGGUUCUCUGAGUUUGAACGGAAAAACUAUUUCUACAAAUAUUUUGUGAAGGAGAAAGACGCAAUUAUUGCUUUUAUGGUGGUUGACUCUAACCCAGUGCUCCUGACCCUGUGUGAGGUUCCCUGGGUGUGCUGGUUGGUCUGCUCUUGCCUGAAAAAGAAGAAGGAGCAGGAUGGAGUCUUCUCACUGACCUCACAGACCACCACAGCCCUCUGCCUGAAAUACCUUUCCCUGACAGUCCCAGAUGAGCUUAUGGGGACCCAGCUCAGAGCCCUCUGUUCAUUGGCUGCUGAAGGCAUCUGGAAAAGAAGGACCCUGUUCAGUGAGAGUGACCUCUGUAAGCAAGGGUUAGCAGAGGAUGCCAUUGCCACUUUCCUGGAGACUGGUGUCCUUCAAAAGCAGCCCAGCUCUCCGAGCUACAGCUUUGCCCACUUGUGCCUCCAGGAGUUCUUUGCAGCCAUGUCUUACAUCUUGGAGAUUAAGCAAAGACAUGGUAUUAUGGAAAUUGACAGAAUUAUGGAAACACUGGUAGAAAGGUUUGGAAGACAAAACCUGUUUGAGGCACCCACUGUGAGCUUCCUGUUUGGUCUUUUGAGUAAAGAGGGAUUGAAAGAAAUGAAAAAGUUCUUCUCCUACAGACUUCGCAAGUUGAAGUUGUUGAAGCUGCUAAGGCACAUCCUAGGGAAAUCCCAACCCCAUCAACCACCUUGCCUGGGUUUGCUCCGCUGUCUGUAUGAAAAUCAGGAAAUUGAGCUCCUGACACACGUGAUGCAUGAUCUGCAAGGAACAAUAGUGUCUGGACCAAAUGACAUUGCAUGCACAGUGUCUCAGACAAACGUGAAGCACCUGGUGAUGCAGACAGACAUGGAUCUCAUGGUGGUCACUUUCUGCAUUCAAUUCUGCUGUCACGUGAGGAGUCUACAGCUGAAUAUGGGAAGACAGCAAGGAUAUGCACUAACAGCCCCGAGGAUGGUUCUGUACAGGUGGACCCCAAUCUCUGAUGCCAGUUGGAAGAUUCUCUUCUACAAUCUUAAAUUCAACAGAAAUCUGGAGGAGUUGGACCUCAGUGGAAAUCCACUGAGUUACUCUGCAAUUCAAAGUCUCUGUAAGGCCCUGAGAUUCCCUGGCUGCCAUCUAAAGACCUUGUGGCUUGUUGAAUGCGGCCUCACAUUCGGAUACUGCUCAUACCUGGCCUCAGUACUCAGUGCCCACUCCUGCCUGACUGAACUGUACCUGCAGAAAAAUGACCUAAGUGACAGUGGUGUGAGGAUGCUGUGUGAGGGGCUCAGGAAUCCAGCCUGCAACCUCAGCAUCCUGCGGCUGGACCAGGCCUCUCUCAGUGACCAAGUGAUUGCAGAGCUCAGGAGUCUGGAGGCAAAGAAUCCAAAGCUGUUCAUCUCCAUCAUAAGGAAGCCACAUGUGAUGGGCCCUACUAUGAACAUGGAUAAAGAAGUGGGUGAUAGCCCGGCCAUACUGAAGCAGCAGAGACAACAAUCAGGAGCCGAACACAUGGAACCUCUAGGGACUGAAGAUGAGUUCUGGGGACCUACAGGACCUGUGACUGCUGAGAUGGUUGACAAAGAGAGGAAACUGUACCGAGUUCAGUUGCCCAUGGCUGGUUCUUACCACUGUCCCAGCACAGGACUCCACUUUGUGGUGACAAAGGCAGUGACAAUCGAGAUUGAAUUCUGUGCCUGGAGCCAAUUCCUGGACAAGACUCCCUUGCACCAGAGUCACAUGGUGGCUGGACCUCUGUUUGACAUCAAAGCUGAGCAAGGAGCUGUGACUGAAGUGUACCUCCCUCAUUUUGUGUCCCUCCAAGAGGGAGUGGUGGACAGCUCUAUGUUCCGUAUUGCCCACUUUCAAGAAUAUGGGAUGGUCCUAGAAACGCCAGCAAGGGUGAAACAGCAUUACGCAGUACUGGAAAACCCAAGCUUCUCCCCAAUGGGGGUUCUACUGAGAAUGAUUCCAGCUGUGAGACACUUCAUCCCCAUCACGUCCAUCACACUGAUCUACUAUCACCUCUAUCUCGAGGACGUCACCUUUCACCUUUACCUGGUCCCCAAUGACUGCAGUAUUCGAAAGGCCAUUGAUGAGGAAGAAAUGAAGUUUCAGUUUGUGCGCAUAAACAAGCCACCCCCAGUAGACGCUCUUUAUCUUGGUUCCCGCUAUAUCGUGUCUUCCUCCAAAUUGGUGGAAAUUAUCCCAGAGGAACUGGAGCUGUGCUACAGAAGCCCUGGGGAAUCCCAGCUCUUCUCUGAGAUCGACGUUGGGCACAUGGAUUCAGUGAUUAAGCUGCAAAUCAAAGACAAGAGGAACAUGAAUCUCAAAUGGGAGACCUUGCUGAAACCAAGGGACCUCAGACCUGCACCGCUCAGGAUUGCUCCAGCCCCCGAAGAUGCUCCUCCCUCACUACACUUCAUGGACCAGCAUCGGGAGCAGCUGGUUGCCCGAGUGACAUCAGUGGACUCUCUAUUAGACAAGCUGCAUGGUCUGGUGCUGAGUGAAGAUUCCUAUGAAGUAGUGCGGGCUGAGACCACAAACCAAAACAAGAUGAGGAAGCUCUUUAGCUUCAGCAGGUCCUGGAGCUGGGUAUGCAAAGACCAAUUCUACCAAGCUCUGAAGGAGACCCAUCCUCACCUCGUCAAGGAUAUACUUGAGAAGUUAGGUGGGGGUCUCUGUUAG